AUGGAAGGGGCGUUGGUGCAGACAAUACCGUCCGUACUGGCUGCCGGAGGUCAUGUGCAGCACUCGCUGAUGCGUGUGGAGCUCACGAACGGCAUUGUGUUAACAGGACGUAUUCUACAACUUGACGCGGUGACAAUGAACAUGAAGUUAGACGCCAUCACAGAUAUUGCCGUUCGUCGUCGUUGUGGUGGUGGUGGUGGCAAGAAAAUGGAGUGGGAAACGGAUCCGGCAGCCUUGCGGUGCACCAGCAGCGUUGUUAUUCGGGGUUGUCACAUUCGUUACAUUGAUUUCAUUGACGAAGAGGCCAGUGGUGGUCGUGGUCUGCAAGAGUUAAUAACAGCGGCACGUACGGUGCGGCCUACCCUUGUCUGA